AUGUCUCCAAGUGUGUCAUAUCGCGAAAGCCCAACAUUAUUUUUCCAACUGGCCUUACAGAUCUACACUAGCCUUCUGCUUGUUAUAGGCCUGCCGGGGAAUGCAAUUAGCGGAUACAUAAUGGCUACAGAUCGCACAAACCGUCUGACUACCCGGAUACUAAUGGUGAUCAUUGCCGCCUCUGAUACGGCCGUCCUUCUCACUGCAGUGACUCGCUACUGGGCCUUGGAAGUCCUCAAAUCAGACUUCCGGAACUACUCCGAUCUGAUUUGCAAAUUACAUGUCUUUGCUGUUGCAUUUUUUACGGAUUUUGCUGUCGGUUCUCUCUGCGCCGUAGCGGUUGAGAGGUUUUUAGUUGUGGCAUUCCCUCAACGUGCGAAUAUUGUUACAUCGACGAAGACGGUAAUCACAGGAAUGGUUGCAUUUGCUGUGGCUUUAUCCAUUAAAAACGGCAUCCACUUCCUCAUUAUGGGCCUUCGAGAAAUCGUUACGGAAGGCAACGCUACAGUCUUUGUAUGCGCACCUCAUGAGGACUAUACAUGUUGGACUAGCGUCUUUAAAAAAGUAGAUUUUUUUAGUUUUGCUGUUCUCCCCUACGUCAUCCUGUUUUCUUGCAACUUGUAUAUAUAUUGCGUGCUGAAAAAGCAGCGCAAACUUUUGUCGACAAAAAUUAAUCAAAAAAGAGUACAGAAUAGCAUACCCAAGAUGCAAGUUAAUUCUGCUCCACCCAACUUUCCCGCUGCUGCCGAUAUGGUAGAGAUUGACAAUUGCACAGCAGAUUUCCCAAUGAAACGGCACGCAAACGACCAAAAGAAAUCCUUGUCCGUUAGUGGUGGAGGCAGUGGACCAAAAUCGGAGCGGAGAAAGCGAAAACCAGAAGAUGUCAUUAAGAUUCUUACGGCCCUAACAGUAGUUCACGUGGUGUGUACCUUGCCUGGAACAAUUUUUACCCUACUCGCGGAGUAUACGGACCUGCGCAGACAAAAGCCUACCAAGUACGUGCUGGUGAUGCUCAUCUUCACUAACAACGCAAUCAACCUUUUUGCCUAUCUGGCCUCCAGUGAACGCUUUCGAAUUCAAUUUCUCAAUCUACUCUCCUGCGGACGUGCGAACCGCCGUAGGCGGCGGUAA